UGAAAAAAAUUAUAACCACACUGAACUUAUAUCUAAAACAUAAACGACAGUCUGUGUGGCGAAUCUGCGAAUUGAGAGCCGCAGGUUAACAUUAGCUAUUUCAAUGACUUGUUUUUGUGGUUCAUAAAUGCUUUAUUUUUAUCUGAAGCAUGGCCAUCCCUAUAGCCAUCUUGGACUGUGAUCUCCUCCUUCAUGGUCGAGGCCACAAGACCCUUGACCGCUUUGACCUGGACUCAGUCUCAGACAAUUUCCUCCUCACACAAUUUGGCUUCCCCAGAGGCUUUAUCUUGUAUCUGGUGGAAUUACUCAGAGAGGGUCUAUGCAGGCGAACCCAGCGCUCCAGAGCCAUCAGUCCUGAGGUCCAGGUGCUGGCGGCACUGGGUUUCUACACAUCGGGUUCAUUCCAGACAUCUAUGGGGGAUACGAUCGGUAUCAGCCAGGCGUCAAUGUCGAGAUGUGUGUCCAAUGUGACGAGAGCCCUGGUGGAGAAAGCGCCUCAGUUCAUCACGUUCAACAGAGAUUUAUCCACCAUAGAGCAGUCCUUCCGGGAGUUUCAGAGGGUCGCAGGAUUUCCUGGAGUCCUGGGGGUGCUGGACUGUGUUCAGGUGGCCAUCAAAGCACCAAACAGCGAAGACUCAUCAUAUGUGAAUAAGAAAGGCUUUCACUCUGUGGCCUGUCAGCUGGUUUGUGAUGCCCGAGGACUGUUACUCAGCGCAGAAACGCACUGGGCAGGUGGACUCCAGGACACUGUUGUUCUAGAAAGAUCUGCUCUUUACAAAGAGCUGCAGGACACAGAGCAGGGCUGGCUGCUGGGUGACAGCCGUUAUCCUUUGAGGAAAUGGCUGAUGACACCGGUUGACUGCCCAGAAUGCCCUGCAGAGUUUCGAUACAAUCUGGCCCAUGCAGCUACACGUGAGAUCGUGGAUCGAACCUUCAGAGCCAUCCAAACCAGAUUCAGAUGUUUAGAUGGCACCAAAGGAUACUUACAGUACUCUCCAGAGAGGAGUUCAUCCAUCCUGCUGGCCUGCUGCGUUCUCCACAACGCCUCCUUGCAGUCUGGAUUAGACGCCUGGACUCUGGAAAGAACAGAGCCUCUCGAGCAGCCAAAGAGCCUCAACCAGAGACCCGAGGACCGCGACAGCCAGGCAGAGGAUCUUCGAAGGCAGCUCAUAUUCAAACACUUCAGCUGAAGCUGUGGGGGUUAAAGGGGACGAAAACUGGGACCAGUGCAAAGCAAGAAACACAUUUAAAGCAAGAACGUCCACAGACACGCUGUUGCUGAUGCAGUUUUUUAAUAUUUUGCUGGAUUCUACUCUACUGACUAUACUAAGAUAACGUAGAUAUAUUUAUAUAUUUAUGUAUGGAGGAACAUGCAAGACGCUAUACAGCAAACCAAGGUGACAUAUCCAUACACAUUUCAAAUAACUGAACACUCUGGAAAUGCUUGAUUAUUCUCUCAGGACAUUCAAAUAGUUUCCAAAUAUUCAUGGAGUGAUUGGAAUAAUCAAGCACCUCCUGGUGUUUUACAACUAUUCAAACUGUGUGCAGCUGUUUCGUCAUCCAGGUUUCUUUACAAGUUGAAAAAAAUUACCCGCCCCAUUAUUCCUUUUUUUAAAUCCCACCCCGCUAAUUUUCUUUUCCCCAUUAGAUUCCACAGGUUAAGAUCUUGGACUAUGUCACAAUACAAAAACAAGACCCUUAUUUACAACAACUGCACAUUAAGUUGUCUUUUUUUUUUAUGUACAUCGGUGCAUUAAGACUCACGGGUGAAAAUGACAGGCUGCAGUCACAUGAUUUUCUUCUUUUUUUCUUUUUUUGGAGCAUGUGCGGCAUGACGAAACAGUCACAAAGUGAAACGGAUACAGACGACGUGAGUAAGAAAAGCAGAAAAUCUGUGGUAGCUAAAUGUUUGGCGCUUAAAAUUGAUUUUGAAGUGGCAGAACGUUCUUAAAGGAUUUGAAUAAUGGAUAAGGCUUUUAUUUUGAAGGAAUACCAGUCAUUAAGGGUGUUUUUUUUCACUGUUUCUUGAACCUUGUCAAAAUAGUGGUGAUGAUAUAAUAAGGUUUUUUUUUUUAGUCAGUUUUCAACCAAGUUAUGUAAUUAACAAAACUAGUGGUGUUUUACUGCCUGGAAUGUAUUAGUCCUUUAAAUGGCUUCAUCAAUAUAUACAAACUUUCUACAAACAGGAAUAAAUACAACAUACACUGCUGUCGCACGACCACAUUUUUAUAUCAGGAUUGGUAUACUUUUUGUGUUGUUUAUUCAAAGUUUACUUUUUACAUUUCAUUACCAAAAAAAGAAAAAAUAUAUAGAAAUUAAACCUUUUUUUCCCAAAUAUUUUGUUUUCUUAUAUUCUGGAGAUUAUUUUUGGUCAAAUUACUGGGAGGAACCCUCAGAGAUUUUCAUGCGACAGCAGUGGAACAUAAACACUGUAUUACAGUUAAAAGACAGAAACAGAUCAUGUCAAAGCUUUACACCUGAUGAAUCAGCGUGUAAAACUUUACAUCAUCCUAAAUGCCAAAACACAACGUAGCACUAUUUCCUCGUUUCCUUUUUUUUUUUGCAUAAAAUAAAUAUGCUCUUUUUUGAUGCUCAGAAUAUAUUAUAAGUUGUAUUUUUAUGCUUUUUUUAAAACAUUAUUUUAAAAAAAUGGAGACAAUAAGAUAAAGUAACUUUUUUUUUUGAUGCAUAAAUUAAAUAUGCUCUUUUUUAAUGCUGCAAAUAUAUUACAUAUACAUUUUAUAAUUUCAUAAAAAUACUUUUGUCAUGUUUCCCCAACCUCUUUAUGAUCCCUCGGUAUGAAAAUAUGAUCUCUCUCCCAAAAGAAACAGAGCAGAAUUUUGGUCAGAGCUGGAAAAAAUAAUUCAAAUGUCAGAUGUAAAAAAGCUGAAGCGUAAUGCAAAUGAUUUUUUUCUUAAAGCCAGAUAAAAGAUCCACACCCUGUGUUGAUUGCGCUAAGCUAAACUUUUUUUGAUCUGUAAGAGAGAUCUUUGUCAAACAAGUUGUGACUCUUGUGAUCUCAAAUGCGUAAAGGAAUGUGAAAUAAAAAGGUUUCACCCAGAUUAAAAAA